AUGUCUUUUGCUGAGAAAGAAAGGAAUACAGGCUUUUCCGGUUGUGCAAUUAUGUCAAAUCGGAUGUACAAGGAAAGAAUCAAGUUACGGUUGUUUUGGGAGGAAGAACUGUUGCGCAAGGAGCAACGAGAAAAGGAAACGGCGCCGCUGAUGUCGGCUGUUAGAUUUUUACGAGAAAAUGAGAUGUGCAAUGCUCAGAUUUUGGACGAGCCUAGGGAGCCGUUGAAAGCUAUGGGUCAAGCUGAGUUUACUGAACGGCGUAAUAAAUCAGUCAAUCAGAUGUUUAACAGACAUAAAAUGGAAGCAAGUUCUCUUUUUGGAGCACAGCGCGACAUGUGGUUGUAUGAGGCUCGUCGUCGUGGUCUUGACAUCAGCCCGGAUUGGGUUAAGAAAUGUGUCCCCAUCGUAAACGUGGAGAAAAUGGAAUUUCCCUAUUGA